UCACGUCAACAAAACGUCAACAACUGCUUGUGGAAGAUUGAAACUAGACCAAUUGAAUCUACAGAAUAGGAGUAAAUAUUUACGUUCGAUUUAAAUCCACAAAUUAGUUAGGAACUCGUCUCACAAAUGCAACAAAAAUGCUUGGGCAAUAUUAGAAUAAGUCUAGUUUAGUUAGUGCACAUAAAUGAUCUAAGUGACAAGUUGAGGCCUCAACGUUAAACAUUAUUUAAUUACGAAUAGCUCUUGAAUAAUACAAGAAGAAACUAAUUAUGAGUGGAGUUGCGAAACGUACGGGUUCCAGACAUGUCUUGGUGGUAUUGACCCUCUGCAUUGUUUGGUACAUUAUUUCAUCCAGCAACAAUGUGAUUGGAAAAAUGGUGCUGAACGAAUUUCCAUUUCCGAUGACAGUGACAAUGGUCCAGCUUUGCAGCAUCACGCUGUAUAGUGGACCAUUCUUCAAUUUGUGGAAAAUACGAAAGUAUCAAGACUUGCCUAGAGGUUACUAUCUUAAGUUGAUUAUACCGCUUGCCUUUGGUAAAUUUCUGGCCUCGGUGACGUCCCACAUUUCGUUGUGGAAAGUUCCUGUUUCAUAUGCUCAUACAGUUAAAGCCACAAUGCCGCUAUUCACGGUGAUACUUUCUCGGUUACUGUUUAAAGAAAAACAGUCCACCAUGAUUUACCUUAGCCUUAUACCAAUUAUAACAGGAGUUGGAAUUGCCACUUUAACUGAAAUCUCUUUUGAUAUGUUGGGCUUAAUAUCGGCAUUGGUAUCCACAAUGGGAUUCUCAUUGCAAAAUAUAUUUUCAAAAAAGGUUCUUAAAGAUACCGGAAUACAUCAUUUGCGUUUGCUGCAUUUGCUUGGUAAAUUGGCAUUAGUUAUGUUCCUACCCAUUUGGCUGUAUAUGGACAGUUUUAAAGUUAUUCAACAUCCCGCAAUUACAAAUUUGGAUUACCGAGUUAUAGCACUGCUCUUUGCCGAUGGAGUUUUGAACUGGCUACAAAACAUCAUAGCAUUCUCGGUAUUGUCACUGGUGACGCCUUUAACAUAUGCAGUGGCCAGUGCAUCGAAACGUAUAUUUGUGAUAGCCGUAUCACUGCUGAUUUUAGGAAAUCCUGUGACAUGGGUGAAUUGCUUUGGCAUGGGUCUGGCCAUUGUGGGUGUAUUGUGUUAUAAUAGGGCCAAGCAAAUUACGAAAGAGAAACCUAUAAUACCAACCACUACAAAAACCAGUAUCAAUUAUUCCCCCUUAUCAAAUUCAGUGGAUCCUUAUUAUCGGGGUUCAGUUUUAACAAAUUACAAGACAACGAAUGGUUACAAUUCUAGCACAACAAACAGUCUUUUGGCGAAUGGAAGCGGGAUGCCCAAUGGAAGUACAACACGACUUUUAUUUGUUUAGUUUAAUAAAAUUUCAAUAACGAUGUUACAAAAUGAUUUUUAGGCAAUUUUUGUAAAUAUGAGUAUACAGGUAUAAGCGAGCCAUUUUUAACUACAAUUGAUGUAAUGUUUUUCUUAACUCAUAAAAAAUUCAGUUUAUUUUUGUUUUAACUCAGUAUUUAUAUAUUUAUAUAUGUAUUUUGUGUAAAUAGACGUGGCAUCAGUGUGUGAAGUUUAAGAAAAUAAAAACCGACUUUCUUACGCAUUGUAUAUAGACGAAAGUUAAUGUAAACUUAA